GUUGACUGCAUGGGCCUAGCAGAGCAGCGGGACCUCGGCAUUUCCAGGCUAUAGGGAUGGGUGAGCCAUGCCGGGAAGUGCUGACUCUUCAGCUCGGUCACUACGCGAACUUUGUGGGGGCUCAUUGGUGGAACUUGCAGGAUACAGUUCUCAGCCUCCCGGGAGAGAAGGUGGACCACGAGCUCUGCAGCGAUGUGUUGUUCAGACGGGGGGUAACCCUUAAGGGGCUGGAGACGUACACCCCGCGUCUCAUUGCCCUUGAUUUAAAAGGGAGUCUCUGCUCGUUGAGGGAAGAAGGCUGUUUGUAUGAAGAUCUCGACGCCACGAGCUCAGUGCCUGCCUGGAAAGGAGGGCUGACAAGACACCAAGAGGAACCCCCGGGGGAGAAGCCCCCUCUCGCAGACCUGGGGCACCAAUCUCCGAGGCAGGAGCGGUUUGCGAGGGUUCCAGACGCGGGCGACAGAGGAAAGAGACGCGGCACGGAGCAGAAUGUGAGCGUCUGGUCCGACUUCCUUCAACUAAACCUUCACCCCAGAUCGCUGUGUGUCGUGACCGAGUAUAACCACGAAGGGGAGACAGACGGGCUGGAAUCAUUUGGCCGCGGAGAGGCGCUGCUCCGGGACUCCCGUUACGUGGCAGAGAUAGAAGAUCGGCUCCAUUUCUUUACGGAAGAGUGCGAUUACCUGCAGGGAUUUCAGAUACUCUGCGAUCUCCACAAUGGCUUCUCUGGAGUCGGGGCCCGCAUGGUAGAGCUUCUGCAAGAUGAGUACCCGGGACGAGGGCUUCUGACUUGGGGCACCUGCCCUGUCGACUCAGGAGACACGGAUCUGCGGAAGGGCCUGUUCCGGCUCAUGAACACCAUCAUGGGGAUCGUCCAGAUGGCCGGCCACAGCUCGCUCUUCUGCCCUCUCACCUUAAAUUCUAACCUGGGCCGGAGACCCGGCCCCCCGGCCUCCUUCCCGCACCUGCUGUACGAUACUCGGCUCCAGUAUCACAGCAGUGCGGUGCUGGCACUUGCCCUGGACACAGUAACUGCCCCCUACAGACUUCCCUCCUCUCACUUAUCCAUGGCGGGCUUGGCCGAGAACCUCAACUUCUGCGGACGGAAGGUCUCCUCGGUCUCCGUUUCACUUCCCUUUCCCAUUGGACCGGAUUCCUGCCUCCCUGAUGCACUUCUGCCUUACAUGACCUCUCCCCCGUGGACCUCUCUGUCUGCCUGCGGAAACGGCGGCAGCUCGAGCGGAGCCCGGUGCUUCUCCCAAUCGGUAGUGCUGCGGGGGGUCAGCAAGCAGAGACAGAUAAGUCAUGGACCCGCCGGGGUAAAACAACGUUCAGCGCUGCAGUCGCUGGCCACCGGAGAGGAGGUCCUGCAGCAUUACGUAAACAGCGCCUUCCCAGGGGCAGUUAGCGCCGUGAAUCUGCUGCAACAACCCGCAAGAUUGGGACCUUCCUUCCCUCCGUUCUUCUCUUCCUCCAUCACCAAGGAAGGAUUUACUCGGAGCGAACCCUCGCGGGAGCCACCAGGCGUGGACAGCGUUCCAGUGCUGUCUGCUCUCCAGACCUCCACAGCUCUCCAUCACACGCUGCGCUCUUUGUACGAGGAGAUCCGGAGGGUGGAUGUGAGGCGCUGCUCCAGCUUCUUCAGCGCCGGGGUGGAAGAGGACGCGUUUCAGGAGACCCUGCAGGAACUGAAGAGUCUAUCACAAUGUUACUCGAGCACAACGGGGGGAGACGAAAGCGACGAGGAAGGCUGAAGGGGAAAAGGAGCACGUGGGCCGUGGCUGGCGCCCUGGAGUAAAAGCGAGAAGCCCCGUCUGCGUGACGCCAUCAGAACUUUAAGAUACAUUUAAUGGCGGCAGCAGCAGCAGAAAUAGCUUAACACACAGACACUAAACACUUUUAUACAAAGGCUUUCUCUAACGCGCUCCAGCCUCUAAUCCUCCUCGGACACGGCCUCCGGCUCGGACAUCUCCUCCGUGGCUUCUUCCUCGUCGGAGCUGGUGCCGCAGGACGUCUGGAAGAGGCGGACGAGCUCUCGGAAGCGCUCCGACACCUGAUAAUAGACAAAGGGCGGUCGGGGGCUCAGCGACACUGAUGUAUACAUUUCUUUGCCAAUAAAAAUGCAUAAAAUUCUUUGUGUAAAGGCA